GAUAUGAGCUUUUGUGAGUUGUGAGUGCUGAGCCGAGUAAGUACGUCUUACUCUUUCCGAGGCGAGUAAACACUCACUGAGAAAUGUAAGUAUAAGACAACUUACGUGCUAAGCAAUCAGUUAUGAAGAAUCCACAUCGGUUGUUGAUGACUUAAAAAGACAGCGCGAGGAUGGCCCCAGAGUGCAAGGUAUGCCGCUGCAACUACUCCCAGGGUCAGAGGGCCCCGGUUGCUCUCUCCUGCGGCCACAGCACCUGCAGGGCGUGCCUCCAGCAUAUCUACAACGACACCAGGCAGCUCAAGUGCCCUACGUGUCGGGUCGUCCACACAGGAGCGCCUCUGAAGGAUCUGAAGGAUAACUUCGAUCUCUUGGGCGAAGCCACGGUGGACCAGCCGGGGCCUCAGAGAGAGAAUCAGGCCGAAGCGAAUCAGGCGACUAGGAUACGCGUCAUCGUCAAAGACCUGACGGAUAAACAGUUCAUCAUCAACGUCGACCCCAGAGACACCUUCCUACGCGUGAAGGAAACUCUCCACGCCCAGUACGGCCUCGCUCCCGAAAACAUCCGACUACUGUACAGAGGACAGCGACUGCAGGACGACAAGACACCGAGCUCGUAUAACAUCGUCGACGGCACCGUCAUCCAGAUGGCGACGAAGUACGAGGGGGGAGCGGGGCGCGAGGACCUCUCUGCCGCUGCUGACGUAGAGGCUUAGGUUUAUAUACAAUGUCUCUCUUUCUGUGGCUGUCUGUCUGUCUGUCUGACUCUCUUUCUCGCUGUGUUUCUGUUUCUGCCUUUCUUUUUCUCACUUUCUGUCGCUGAGUGUCUGUCUGUCUCUCUGUCUCUCUCUCUCCCUCUCUCUCUCUCUCCCUCUCUCCCUCUCUCUCUCUCUCUCUCUCUCUCUCUCUCUCUCUCUCUCUCUCUCUCUCUCUAUCUCUCUCUCUCGCUCUCUCUCUCUCUCUCUCUCUCUCUCUCUCUGUCUAUCUCUCUCUCUAUCUCUCUCUCUCUCUCUCUAUCUCUCUAUCUCUCUCUCUCUCUCUCUCUCUCCUUUCCUUACUUUCCUUAUUUUGUUAUCAUUUUUGCUAAUAAUAAUCAUAUUCCAAGGUUUAUCUGUUAGUCUGUAAGUGAUUCUCUUACGGAAUUGUUAAUAAAUAUAAGAAUCCGAA